AAUGUUUGGUUCAUCUUCGUUACAUUUUCGGUUUUGAUUCCACGAACACUAAGAGAUUUCUUUUAAAUUGACACCCGUUAUUUAUAGUAAGGAACUUUGGACAGAGUUAAACAUUUUACCUCGGCCGCUAAAUAAACCCGAUUUUGCUUUAAGUUGGAAGACACUAAUUUUAUGGAAAAGAAAUAACGAGCAGGAAUACCGUUUGUGAUGGGGAACACAGCUUCUGUGAAUCUGGAGGAAGAUACAAAGAGACUCGAGAUUACUGAAAAACUGGUUCGAGAUUUUCAGUAUCAUAUAAACCUUGUGGACCAUUCAAUGACUGGUUUCGCUAGAUCAAUAGAUUCAUUGAGGACAUCUUGUGCAACUCUUCAGCAGUGCCGAAAUGAAAACAAGGAUUCAAACUUAAAAGAUACAUCUGUUGGCGAAGAUGAGGAUGUGAUUGAAAGUACUAGUACUCAAGACACUUUGCUACUUGAAACAAUAGAUGAAGUCGUGUCAGAUCACAAAUUUGUGGUUAUGGAAUCGCUUAGUAGGUUGUUCAGCUUCAUCGGAGAGAUAGGAGAUAGCUGCAAUAUUCCUAAACCCGACACGAAAUUUUCAAUCGACAAAUACAGGGACAAAAGCAAUGUAACACAUCUUGGAAAAGAUGUACAUUAUUGUGAUGCUCGAUUUGAAUCAAUGCAAAAAGAAUUAAAAGCAGUAAACACAGCUUAUCAAAUCGCAAAGAACGAUGUAGAAAAUUUCAAUUCGAGGGAAGAAAUCUAUCAAAAGGAAAGAUUGCUUCUAAAGAACAAAAUAAAGGAUCUUGAAACCCAAGUUGCACAUAUGAAAAUAGAGAUUGAGGAACUUAUAAAGCAGAAGAACGUACUAGAAGUUGAGAAAGAGGAAUGCAGUAGAGAGCUAUACACUCUUAAGGAGAAUGAUAAGCAGAUUAAACUUGAUCUGAGUUCGGAAAUAUCAAGUAAAAAGAAAAUAGAGGAAAAGAGCAAAGCUGAAAUAGACGACUGCUUUAAGCAAAUUGAGACACAUGAACGAGAAAAGGAGCAAAGACUGGCGACAAUUGAUGACUUGCAGAGAGAGAUUAAUUCAUUGAAAAAGAAAAAUGAGAAUGUUUGUACUGAUCUUAUGAAUGAGCGGCAUAUGAUAACGACCUUAAAGGAGCAGAACACAUCAAAAAUUAACUCGUUAAAUAUCGAGAUCGAUAGAUUAACUACGGAAUCUAUAUACGUGAAACAGUUACAUGAAUGUGAGAUCAAAAGACUUGAAACAUUACUAGAAAAAGAACAGGAAAAACACAGGGAUGAAAUUGAUAAAUUGCGUAUGGAAAGCGAAAAGCUCAUUCAAGAUAAGCAAGAGAAAGAAACUGAAAUGAACGAGAAAGUGUCGAAAACUGAUUUACUUAUUUCAGAAGCGAUAACCAAAAUACAUAUAAAGGAUGAACAGUUGUCGACAUCAAUUUGUAUGUUGAACAAUGAAGUUAAGAAAAUGAAUAUAGAACACUCAGAUGUUAAGAAACUGUAUCAGACUGAAGUCCAAAGACUUACGGAAUGUUUCGAACAAGCAAAAUUACAAGAAAAGGAAUAUGUAAAGACGCUAAACGACCUUAAAGAAAAGUUACAACACUGUAACGAGGAAAAAGGGACCUCUCAAAUGCUAGUAUGUCAGUUGGAAAAAGAAAUUAAUCGAUUGACAACAGAUGUAAAAGAUAAAGAAACUGCACUGGAAAAGGCCGAGCAGAUACAUAAAGAUGAAAUCGGUAUAGGUCAAAAUAAAAUCAAGAAACUGAAACAGAAAAAGCUGGAACAGUCAGAAACUAUUGAGAAUCUAAAAUCUGACAUACAGUCACUGACCUGCACAAAAAUUGAGCUAAGUUCACAGCUGCAGGCCGAAAUCAACACAAGAGUGUCUUUGAUUGAAAAUAAAGUAUCGAUCAUUAAAUCGUUACAGGAUGAAAUCAGCAAAAUGACCCAAGAGUAUGCAGAGGUAAAAGAAAUGCAUACAAAAGAAAAACAGGCGCUUGAAGAAGCUACCGAGAAAGAAAUACGACAGAAAGGAGUACUUGAAGAAAAAAUUAAAGAUCUAAAGGAAGAGCAACGACGAAAUGGGGAGGAUAUAAAGCAGCUUAAUGUUGAAAAAGAAAAUCUGAAGAGUGAUAUUAAAAUCAAACAGCAACUGAUAGAGUCACUUGAAAUAAACUUAGAAUUAGCGUCAAGGAAAGAAAUAUAUGUACAAGUAAUUCAUAUAUCUGGAUUUCGCUCAUCGAAAAUGGAGGGAGAAUUGAAACGAAUGCUUAAAAUGAGAAUGAUACCAGAACGCAUAGAUCUCCAGUUUCUUGAUUGCUCAGACUCUUACAUAUUGAAGUCUGACUUACCUUUGUUGAUUGUUUGCUCUCGAAACUACAGCCUCAACCGAGAUAGGAACAUUUCUAGUGUCACCAAUGGACGAAAAGAAACACACAAACAGAGAGCUUUACUGAUGUUCCACGAUAAAGAUGAAAAGACUUUUCAAAGAGAAGUGACCCGAGGUAGUUUCACUGACAAUACACUGUGUGGAAUAUUUGACAUUGGUCACAAUAAGGAAGCAUUGUUUAAAUGCGAAAUAAACUCUAAAAACAUUGAAAACAUUCUACAGUUUAUAAUGCAAAAACCUGUAAAUGUGGAAUCCGCUACAAAUACGAAGGAGAAGAUCGGAUGUCAAAGCUUUACCUGGCUAUCAUUUAUCUUCAGUGUAGCGAUUGAGAUGGAAAGUAACAAUGACAAUAUGCAGAAGGCUGGUACAGAUCGGGAGAAAAUGGACACGUUCCUUGAACAAUGUCACGAAAAGAUGAAGUAUGUUGAUAAAUCAGCUGCAUCAUUGAUGAAUUCUCUUGAUCUGUUACAUGCAACAACGGAAAUGUUUGUGCAUCAACUGGACUCAAAGUUUGUACAUGGAGGAGAACCACCCAAAGUAGAAAUGCAAAAUUUACAGGAGUGUAAACGAACAGCUAGGGAAAUUAUUAUGACGUUGGAGGGUACAGUUCUACACCACAAAGUAACAACAAUCGAGUCGUUGCGCUCUUUUCUUCAUUUCAUUAUGAAAAAUGCUGAGGAGAAUGUGGAAACUCGUACACUAUCAUCUUGUUACUUACUAUUAGAUGCGGAAUAUUCAAAUGUGUCAAACAAACAUAAAGAGAAAAAUAUCCAACGGCUGUUGAAUGAGAACGAUGAAAUGCGCAAAGAAAUAAAUGAAUUUAAAGAAUUAAUCAAACUUUCAGACAAUAAGGAAAAGACAUUUCUAGAAGAGAAGAAAUCGCAAAACAGGAAAAUUAGAAGCCUGGAAGCAGAACUUGAACAGACGAGAGAAGAACAUGUAUCAAAUUUGAGUAAACAAAGUGAAGAGAUUGAAUCUCUAAAAGAAAAGUUAUCUGUUGAGGCAGAUAAGGUUCAAGCGUCGAAGAAACAAUAUAAUGAAUUGAUCGGGAAUUUAGAAACACUACAAGCUAAACAUAGAGAGGAGACUCAAAGCUAUGAAGAAAAGAAACAAUCUUCACGAAAUGAAAUUGAAUCACUUCAACAACAUACGGCACAGCAGAGAGAAAGUAUUGAAUCAUUACAAACUCAGAAUGCUCAGCUGAGUAAAAAUAAUGAAGAACUACAAAGUCAAAUGGCAGAGCUACGAGAACACAAAGAAAAACUACAAACUGAAACGGCAAAGCAGAGAGAGAGUAUUGAAUCACUACAAACUCAAACGGCACAGCUAACAGAAAAUAAUAUAGAACUACAAAAUCAAAAGGCUCAGCUGAAUGAAGAUAAAAAGCAGAUAGAAACAGAUUUAGAGGCAAGUAGACACGAAAAUAAACAGAAAGAGGAUGAGUUGAUAAAAAUGAAUAUUAAAUUUGACAAAGCUAAUGAAGAGUACAGCAUACAGAAGACAGAGAUCGAAAAUGAAAGAGAAGCAGUUAGAAACAAAUGUAUAGAACUUACUCGUGAGAACGACAGCGUUAGUAAUGAUAGAAACAGAAUGAAUCAGUUGAAUCAGGAUUUACAGAAAAAGAUCGAUGAACUACAAAAUACAGUUCAAACGAAAGAACAAGAAUAUGAUUGUCUUCAGAAGUCGGAGAAUCAUCUCAAAGAAACAUUUGAAAAUGAGAAAAAAUCCCUAAAUGACAUAAAUUAUAAACUUGAAACGGAAACAUUAUCAUUGAAAAAUAAGCUUACUGAAACAGAGAAUGAAAAACGUUCUUUGAAUGACCAGAUUGAAACAAGCCGAUCUGAUUUCAACAAGCAAAUAAAAGAGAAAGAUGAAAGUAUCAAAAAUUUAACUUUCUAUAAGAAUGUGUUAGAGGAGGACCUUCGUACAUCACAGAGCGCUCUUGAGGCAUCUAGGAACAAAUAUGGAAAACUGUCUGAGGAUUUUGAGACUGAAAAAAUCAAGUUAUUUACUGAACUUGAAGAAAAGCAAAAACAUAUUGACAGAGUUGACAUAAUUGUACAGGAUAGAGAAAAGGCGCUUACCAGUAUCGAGCUAGAGAAGCAGAACUUACUUCAGCAACGAGAAAAGUUAAGCGCCAAUUUUGAUGAAAUGACGAAAAAGACCAACCAAGAGAGAGAGAGCUUGGAGAUGAAAUUAAGGAACGCCGAAAAAGAUAUGAAUCUUUUACGACAGGAAAUGCGUAAGGAUAAAACAACUUAUGAAUCAGAAAUAUACCAGAAAGAGACUAAAAUAAAGGAAUUUAGUAGGAAAAACAAACAAAUAUAUGAAGAAAAGGAGAAUGUUUCUAAAGUUCUGGUAGCAGUCGAAGAAGAACUGGAAAGAAUUAAGAGCAAACGAGUACUGCAAGUGCAACUGUAUAGCCAAAACAGAACAAGCUUGACGGGCAUCGUAGAGAAAGGCCUAACUGAAUUGCUGACAGAGAAGUUGGAGUCAGAAAAACUGGAACUAGAAUUUGUACAAUGUGCAAAAGCAUCAGAUAUACAGCCCGACGUGCCAGUACUUCUUCUUUGCAUCACGGUAUCCCGUCUUGGAACUGAUGUUGCAAAUGCAGUACAAGGAUUGACAUUGAGUCCUGAGAUGGCGGUUUUGAUCUUCCACCAUAAAGAUGUACAUGCUUUACCGAACCAAGAUAGUGGACGUGUACUGACAGGUCAUGAUUUGAAAACCCUUGGCGGAGUGUUCGACAUGGCCUUCUUGUCUGGCAAAGGAAUCUACCCUUGCGAAAUGAAUAACAAUAACGCCAUCAGUCUUGUAAACUUUAUCAACAGGAAAGGCGUGAGAAGACCUAUAAAUCAAGCAUAAUUGAUUUGUAUCUUUAUUCAUCCAAAAGUGUUUUCUUGAAAGUGAUUGUAGUUACUCAAAACACUGCAUAAUGAUUAAGGUUCAAUAAUUUGUAAAGAAAAUUACUACUGCAAACCUUAGAUCUAACUGGGCUUGACUUUAUUAUUUGAUCACUUGCAGUAACUAUUUAAAACAUUUGUACAAAUAUGCUUGAACUGCAGAAUUAUCACAAAAUAGCGUCAGAUAUACAAUGUGGUGUUUUUAAAUAUUUUUACGUUUGUUUUGUUAAUAGGGAUUGAGAUGCGUUUAACAUAUCUGGACUACGUUUAAAUAAUUUGAAUGCUAAAUCGCCAGUAGUAACCACCAUCCACACGGAUGUUUUACGCAUGUCACAUGAUUCUUAAAAUACAAAUAAUCAAUGUCCUUAGGAAGGUCUUAGGAAGGCCGAUGUAACGGCACAUUUUUAUACAAUCUUGCCAGGCAUAUAUAUGUCUUUGACAGCACAGAAAAUGAGACAGCCUUCAGCUUUUUUCCGGAAGUAAAGAAAAUAAAAGUACACAGGCUAAACUUGAAAACGAGAGUCGCUUUUGCGUUGGUCUACAGUCAGGGUUCACACGCGAGGUCACCCCGUCAAGAGAUAUGCGCUAGGACAUGUUCUUAUUACUUUUUUUUAUUUAUUUAUUCUAUUUUUUGUUAAUGGUAAGUCAAUCUUCAGCACUUUUUCACGAUUUGAAUAUGCCUGAGAUAAGUCAGCUUUUAAUCUACGAAAAAUAUUUGCAAUGGAAAAACACAAAUGCAUCACACAGGGAUCCGUAACGGAGUAGGGUUAUAUGGAGAUUUCUGGAAAAUCGUUAAAUCGUUCAAAUCUAGGUCCUUUUGAUGUUGUCAAAAAGUGUCCGUAUAUGCCUCGGAUGUCAGAUACUUCCAUGUUUGAAAGUUGCAGAACUAGACAUUUCAGAAAUAAUGUUCAUUCUAUGGAAGCGUGAAAGAAUCACCAGAUGCUAGCACGUACGCUUUUCUACGUUACCGGUGCGGAAAUGACAUAGCCAUAGACUUCUGAUGAUUAAAAAGUAAUCAAGAAUGUAUUUCGAAUUUAUCCCUUAGCAUUUUGUAAAUUAUGAAGUUAAAGGGGCAUACAUCAUCAUUUGCAUGUAGCGAAACUGCAAUUCCAUGUAAAUGAAAAAAUUGUACCACUGAAGGAAGUGAAAAUUUUUCAAAAGCAGUGUUAAUAUCAGUUAAGAUACUACUUUGUUAUUAUUAAAGUUAUCCGUAGUUAUAUGUCGAUGUAAUUUAUAUUUAUUGAUUUUUGCACAUUAAGCUAUGAUUUGUACUUUCAUUUGUUCAUAAAUUGUCAACUGUACAUAUAGUAAACUUGUUGUUGUCGAUACAAAAUAAAUCUCUUUAGGCAAA